CACGUUUAUACGCGUUUCUCUCGGGAAAGAGGAAGAGAUUCCGCGAGAUAAGGUCGCGGGAGCGAGAGAGAAGGCAAAGCGGAGAACGGAACAGCGGCGCAUGCCGUAGCCACGGCCCCCAACCACUCGGGAACUCGUGCGGAGCAGAGAGAGAGAGAGAGCGCCAGCGGAGCAGAGCCCCCGUGUCGGUCGAAUUUUAAUGGCGGCCGAUCCCGACUCCGCCGUUCCCAGUGUUGUGUUGUGAGAGGCGAAGGUGACAACCACGGAGCGUGACGGCCGCGCGGCGCCGUCGACGUAUGAUAUCGAGAGGACGCUCAUCGCGAUCGUCGUCGCGGAUCCGAAAAGUCCGUUCCAGGGUGACGGUGGAUCCCUCCUUCCCCUACCCGGAGUGCGCGAGUGUUGUGUGCUGCUGGACAGGCCGCGGACAGGCCGUUCGUUCGCGGUGGCGACCAGCGGGAGCUCUCAUCUCUCCUCGAGCAUGUCGCAUGUCCGGGAUGUGCCGUAGCGAACGUCGCGUCGUACGCAAGGAGUACCAGCUCAUGAUCGACAUGUCGGUGCCUAGAUUUAAGCACAGCUGGUAGUACUGCGUUAACACUGGCUCGCUACCAGCACAGCAGGGCACGCAUCCCCAAUACCGUACCUUUUACAUUUCCUACCUUAGACCUGCAUACGCACUGACGCACACGUGUAGCGUGUGCGCAUGUGCCUUGUCAGUUGUCGCAUACACACCAUGAGAUUCCUGGGACUUACCCAGUCAUUUCCCAAAUCAUUCACAGUGACACAUCCGCUGUCGCUCGUUUAUCGUUCAUUCUUUUCAUCCAUGUCCAUUGCCACAUGGUUCCUAGUGAUCCUGGCGACCGCAGCGAUAGAUACUCCUGCUAGCACUGUCCCACCGAUACAGGACAACAGAUCACCCCAUAUCCUGGCACAGUUUCCAGCGGAGAAUGGACAGCGAUACGGAUAUCUCCCAUUGGAGGCCAACACAACCAGAGAGGGGGCUUUGAGAUUCAAUCAUCUCACUAUAGAUCCUUCUACAGGAAGGCUCUAUGCAGGCUCGGUCAACAGACUCUUUCAACUUGAUUCAAGUCUCAAAUUGGAAGAGUAUGUCUCGACAGGCCCGAGACUGGAUAAUCCUCAGUGUCAUGCAACAGGUUGCAUGGCAAGGGACAUAACUACUUCUUUAAUGGAUAAUGUGAACAAGCUACUAAUUGCAGAUCUCGAGUCGCAGACGUUAAUCGUCUGCGGCUCCCUUCUUCAAGGUGCUUGCGAGAAAUAUAAAAUGUCUAACAUAUCCAUUAAGCCGGAGUUUGUCCCUCUCAGCGUGGCCGCCAACGACGAGAACUCGUCCACGUACGCUUUCAUCGGGCCCGAGAAGUACAAUUCGUGGGGGCAGACGAACAUACUCUACGUUGGAACAACGUUCACCAAUAAAGGGGAUUAUCGUCACGACGUACCAGCCAUCUCUAGUAGAAACCUCGACAAGCUGGAUUUCGCCGAGUACACAUUUAACAAGCAAUCGAUCGUGUAUAUCGAUGUCAAGUAUCGCGAUCACUUUCUCGUUAAAUAUGUGUACGGUUUCAACGCGAGCGACUAUGCGUAUUUCGUUCUGGUGCAGAAGCAAUCGUAUCUGCCCGAGCAGGAGGAACUGGGAUACAUCUCCAGGCUAGCGCGAAGUUGCAUCAGCGAUCCGAAUUACGACAGUUACACAGAGGUAACUCUGCAGUGCACGGUCGACCUAGGAGAUGGAAAGCUGCACUAUUACAACCUGAUACAGGACGCGAAAGUCGCUGCUGCGGGCAGCGACCUGGCCAUGCAACUCGGCAUCUCGGUGGGCGAUCCGGUAUUCGUUACCGUGUUUUCACCCAGUAGAGGCAUCACGAACGAGGCCCUUUCGCGUUCGGCAGUUUGCAUAUACAGUCUGCAGGACAUCGAGACAAAGUUCAACGAAAAUAUCCACAUGUGUUUCAACGGCAGCAUCAAAUAUCGGAAUAUGGGUUACGUCAGCGGUCCUAUACAAGACGGAAAGUGUCCUACCGCCGGUACCACAGGAAACAUUCUCAACUUUUGCGAGGUUGGACUGAAAAUUUCGGGCGUAUCGCCGAUCACGGGCCAGGCUAUUUUGCAUUUUCCCGAUACCUUCAUUUCCUCGAUAACUAUCGCCAAUACCGAAAGCCACACCGUAGGAUUUUUCGGUUCGAAUGAUGGCAUGAUGAAGAAAGUCUUACUAUCUGGAACCGAAGCAUUCGUCUACGAAAGUGUUACGAUCGACAAAGGACAAAAGAUACUGCCAGAUACAUUGAUUUCACCGGAUGGCGAUCAUAUCUAUGUAUUGUCCUCUUCGAAGAUAUCAAAAGUCAAAGUCGAGCAUUGUAGCGGCUACACCAAUUGCAGCAGUUGCCUCGAUGCGAAAGAUCCUUACUGCGGCUGGUGCUCUUUGGAAAAGAGAUGUACGGUGAGAGGAGAUUGUCAGAAAGCGAGCCACAGCAGUCCACGAUGGUUGUCCUUGGGUACAGGUCAACAGUGCAUCGAUUUCGAGCAGGUGCUACCCGACCGUAUGCCUAUUAAUCAGAUGACCACGGUGCAAUUAACAAUCAGAACUUUGCCGGAAUUGCCAGCGGGCGCUAAUUACAAGUGCGUUUUUGGUGACACCGAGCCAAUAGACGCGCUGAUGACUGGUUUCGGAUUGUCCUGUCCUACGCCACCCGUCGUGGAGAGACCCAAUAUUCCCGAGGGCGCCGAUCAUGCGUUCGUGCCGCUGUCCGUACGAUCGAGCGAAACGAACAAGGAUUUUGUUUCGCGUAACUUUGCGUUUUUCGAUUGCUCGAGACACACCGUGUGCACCGAGUGCGUCAAAUCACAAUGGGCAUGCAGCUGGUGCGUCUACGACAACAAAUGCACUCACAAUACUAGCUGUCAGGGCAUUAUAUCGGGAGAAAAUCAAAACCAAAUCAACCUUGCUCCGCAAGGCGCACGGCACUGUCCGAGAUUCGUCGAACGCAAAGAACCAUUGAUGCUGCCGAACAGCGUGCCCAAAGAAAUAGUGCUCGAGGUGGAAAAUCUACCACAUCCACAGGUAGGCCACAGUGGAUUCCAGUGCAUUGUCAGCAUUGAAGGCGCCAAUCUAAAGGUACAAGCUCGCGUGGACAGUAGUCGUCUCAUCGUGUGCGACAAGACGGUAUAUUCGUACGAAGCCGUCACCGGUGAAUACGAGGCCGAGGUGACGGUUGUCUGGAACACGAAUCAUCACGUGGACAAGACCACGAUAAUUUUGUACAAGUGCGAGGUGCUCGGCUCGCAUCGCGAACACGCGGACUGUUCUCUGUGCGUGACGCGGGACGCUCGAUUCGAGUGCACUUGGUGCGGGAACAGCUGCGUGUAUCGACACUCGUGUCUACAGUCACCGUUUACCGAGUGUCCGAAGCCUAGGAUAGAUAUGAUCAAGCCGCUGAGCGGUCCGGUCGAGGGCGGCACGCUGGUGACCAUCGAGGGCAGUAAUCUUGGCCUGAAAGAGAGCGACGUGGAGGGUAAGAUACACAUCGGUAACACUCCGUGCACCCUGGUGGACUACGAGGUGUCUGUGCGCAUCGUCUGCCGCACCGGUCGUCACGAAGCCACGGACGCGGCGUCAGUCGUGGUUGGGAAUGACGCCGGUUACACGGAGAGCGCGGUGCUGUUCAAUUACAAGGACAUACGUCUGACAGGGGUAUAUCCGUCGGUCGGGCCGCAGAGUGGCGGCACGCAGUUGGCUAUCACCGGUAAGUACCUAAAUAUUGGUAGCGCGAUAUCGGCGUAUCUCGACGAGCUGCCAUGCCACGUAAACGCGACUCAAGCGAGCAGCACGAGGCUGACUUGCGUGACUAGCAAGUCGGGCCGCGUCAGGCGGAUUCACAGGCUAACGUUGAAUAUCGAUGGUGCGAAUCGCACUCUCGUGGACAAUCCUUUUAAUUACACUCACGAUCCUACUAUAAUGGAGAUUAAACCUCUGAGAAGCUUUGCCUCGGGCGGCCGUAUGAUCACCGUGCACGGGACGAACUUGGAUACCAUUCAGAAACCCGAGAUGGAAGUUUACUUCGACAACGAGCCGCUGCCGGUAAAUAGAACCGUUUGCACCGUCCUGAAUCCCACGCAAAUGGAGUGUCCGAGUCCGAGCGUCACUCGAAGAUUCACCUCGAUUCGGCGUAACGAACGUUCCGCGGUCGCCAAUGCUCAAGGUACUUCGUCGCCGCAAUCAUUGAGACUGAAAGAAUCUCAGCUGUCUCUGAAAAUUGCCUUCAUCAUGGAUAACGUAGAAAGCGUGAGGGAUUUGGAGAAGCACUUUCAGAAUCUCCGUAAUCGGUUACUCUACGUCGAGGACCCAAAGUUCUUCCCAUUCCCGCGGAACGUCAAGCUGUACAAGGGUGAUACGCUGGUGAUCGAAGGCGAGAAUCUCAACUACGCCAGCGACGAAUCUGACGUCAACGUCACCGUAGGCAUCAUGCCGUGUAACGUGACGUCACUCGCUCUCACACAACUGGUUUGCACGCCGCCGGAUCAACAGCCCGCCGACACGGAUGAGCUCGGCAUUAAGACCGACAGCGGGUUGCCGUUAGUGGUGGUGAGAGUCGGGCGUAGUUUACGCUUUCCCAUCGGGUAUCUGCGCUACGAAGUCAUCAAGUCGUAUCCGAUCCCUCCGGAAGCGAUCGCCGGCAUCGCCGCUGGCACCUUCGGUCUCAUCUUUCUUUUUGUCCUGGUGUUGGUGAUCUAUCGCCGUAAGAGUACCCAAGCGGAGCGCGAAUAUAAACGUAUACAGAUACAGAUGGACACCCUCGAGAGCAACGUGCGGAUGGAAUGCAAGCAAGCGUUCGCGGAAUUGCAGACGGACAUGACGGACUUGACCGCGGAUCUGGAAUCGUCAGGCAUACCCACUCUCGACCAUAAAAACUACAUCAUGAAAGUGUUCUUCCCCGGAGUCAUAGAUCACCCGAUCUUGAACGAUCCGCGUUCGCGCAGCAACGUCUCGCGCACCAACUACGACGCGGCGAUGAUCCAGUUCGAACAACUCGUCAAUAAUAAAUACUUUGUGCUGACAUUCAUAGAGACCUUGGAGGCGCAAAAGGACUUUAAUAUCAGGGACAAGGUGAACGUCGCCUCCUUGCUCAUGGUGGUUCUAAUGGGAAAGAUGGAGUACGCCACGGAUAUCUUGAUGAAUCUAUUAUUGAGAUUGAUCGACAAAGCGGUGAACACGAAGCAUCCGCAACUUAUGUUAAGGCGAACGGAAUCCGUAGUAGAGAAGAUGCUGACAAAUUGGAUGGCGCUCUGCAUGUAUAACUACCUGAAGGACUAUGCCGGCUCGUCCUUGUUCCUGCUCUUCAAGGCGAUCAAGCAUCAGAUUGAGAAGGGACCUGUGGACGUGAUUACGCACGACGCGAGAUACUCUCUCUCGGAAGAGAGACUUUUGCGCGAACAGAUCGAGCACACGAUCGUUACGUUGCACGUGGUGCAGGACGAUCUCGACGAGAAGAUACAGUGUAAGGUUCUGGAUUGCGACACGAUAAGUCAAGUAAAGUCCAAGAUUCUCGACGCACUGUACAAGAAUACCCCGUUUUCGCUGAGGCCGUCCGUACACGACGUUGAUCUAGAAUGGCGGCACGGUCGUGGUGGUCAUCUGACUCUCCAGGACGAGGACCUCACGACCAAGUGCUGCGGCGAAUGGAAGAAGAUAAAUACAUUGGCGCAUUACGGGGUGAAAGAGUCGGCGGUAAUGUCGCUGAUUCCUCGGCAGAACGACGGUUUCUCGGUGGCGUGCAAACCACCCUGUCACAAUUGCAAGCCCUCGCAUUAUCAUCCGCAGCAGCAGCCGUCGAAUCAUCCCCACCAUCCGCCCUCACAUCUACAUCGACACUCGAAUCAUUGUUCGUCCACGCAUCUUCCAUCCACACCCAAUCACGGGCUGAUCAGUCCUGUCAUGUACAAUCAUCCCGUGAGCGGCCUAUACUUUGACUCUCAGCACUCGCCGCCUAUUAUAACGGCGAACGGCGACGUUGAGAGCGGUCAUGGCGGUAAUCAGCGGCUGUACCACCUGGUGAGGCCUAUCGAGGACGUGCACUAUCCACCCGGUUUAGGCUUCAACAGUAGCAGUAAGCAUCAUCAUCCAGAGAGAACGCACAAAGCGAUUCCGGAGAUAUUUCUCACGCGAUUACUCUCGACCAAGGGCACCGUACAAAAGUUCGUCGACGAUUUUCUAAACACCAUACUGACCGCCAACGAGGCGCUGCCAAGCGCGGUCAAGUGGUUGUUCGAUCUCCUCGACGAAGCGGCCAAGCGGCACGGAAUUAUCGAUCCGGAAGUGCCGCACGCGUGGAAGUCGAACAGCUUGCCGCUCCGGUUCUGGGUCAAUUUCAUCAAGAAUCCGGACUUUAUGUUCGACAUCAACAAGUCCACGACGGUGGACUCGAGUCUCUCCGUGAUCGCGCAGACGUUCAUGGACUCGUGCUCGAUGACGGAACACAGAUUGGGCAAGGACUCGCCGUCUAACAAGCUGCUCUUCGCCAAGGACAUACCGCACUAUCGCGAGAAAGUGGGUCGAUUUUACACGGAUGUGCAGAGACUGCCGCAGAUCACUGACCAGGAGAUGUCUAGUGCCAUGCAGCAGUUGAGCGCGUCUCACGCCAACGAGUUCGAUGUAAUCGCGGCGCUGAAAGAGCUCUACAUCUAUGUCAGCAAGUAUUAUGAACAAAUCCUAGAGGCCUUGGAGACAGAUACGGGCUGUCGCAAACUACACCUAGCUCAUAGACUAGAAAACGUAGCGUACACGCUCGAGGGAGAAGAGACCAGUGCCUGCUGACAUACCCUCCUCACUUCCAUCCCAGGACCCGUCAACCUCUCCAGAAACACUGACUAGUGCCUCCACGCCUUCAUGCAUCAGAUACACCUCGUUACAUAUGUACAAAUAUUACACAAAUACAACACACCGUGUGAAUAACAAUGCCGUAAAAAGAGAGAUACACGCGAUUUCGUUAAGGCUAGUCAGGCGAUAGGUCACGGGAUUUAUAGAUAAGAGUCCUCGUGGUAGUAUUUUACCGUCUUUACGUGUUGGCCAUACCGAAAUACGCUUGUAAACAUGUAUGGAUAUUGGUACGGCAAUGUGUACGCGCCUCUGAUCCUUAAAUUACGACGCUGGACAGAGAUGCCUAUUGUGAGAAGAAUCUUUAGAAAUCGAAUAAGGUAGUAUUUAUAUAUUACAAUCUCUCAUCGCGCGCGCGAAUUCGAAUCUCAAUUCGUAGGGUAUCUUUUUACGGACGAUUGUUGUUAUCGCAUAGUAGAGAGAUGAGAUUUAGUGCUGUAAGUAAUUAAAUUAUUUUUAUCGUCUUAUGCUUUACUUUUUCCGCGAUGUUGUUACGUUUAUAACAUCGGUGUGUCUCGGCUCUUUUUCUUUUCUGUCGGGACUCUUUUGAGGAUCUGAGACGUGGAUCGGUGCAAAUACUUUAUUAGGGAAGAAAUUAAAUUUAAAAGUGUAUAAAUUUUACGGUCGAUCUGAUAUCUAUACGUGUGUACGCAGAUACGGAACACAUAAAGUAAAAGAAAAAAGUAACAUGUCUAAUGUAAGUGAGAGAAAGCCAUAGUGUCCACCAGACUGUCUGUACGAAAGCAACGUACGGCAGCGAGUAGUCUGUGAUCCGAGCACGAGUGGCUAUGCCUAUUAUAUCUUCAUUAUGAUAUAUAUAAUUAUUAAUAUGUUAUAUAUAUAUACACAUGAAAAAUAUAUAUAAAGCAAAGAAUCAUGCGCGACACACCUCCACGGAUUGUAGUGAGCUAGUUAGAGAGGGACUAUAUGUAUUAUAUAAAUUGAGGGUUAACGCACCCUUAUUAUAAUUCACAGAGACAGAGUAACAGAUAAUAUUAAAUUAAGGCGAUUAAAGUAAUGCGCGUUAAAAAAAAUUUAAAGUUAAAAGUUAUAUAAGAGCAGCUCAGUCUACUCUAGGCCUAUCCACGUAUAUCGUGUACAUCAAACAAAUCUUUUUUCCCUUAUUUUUAUCUCUUAUUGCUUCUCUCUU